AUGAAAGAUCAGGGCUCUAGAUCCGUCACCAGGGAAGAAGCAAGUGGUGAUGAUGGAGACAAUGAAUGCAGUGGGCAUUCACCACCGCCUCCUGCAUACACAUCCCUCCCAGAAGCGAUCGCAGCGGGCAUGCAAUCUCUCAUGGUCGGCGACCCAAAUGAAGAGAUAUCCGUGCCAAUGAUCCACUCCAUAGAGCAGAAGCGGAAGCGGGAUUUGUUCCUUCCGGGCGGGAGGAAUGGUAUCGUCACCCGGACAGUGCUUGUUAGGAAGAUGGCGCGCGAGCACUACCUCAAGCACUACGCAAAAGAUGCGCAAGGCAAUUACAUCGGUACUGCACAGCCAGCUCCCGAUGCGGGUCUUGUUUUCGUGCCUGGAAAGAGUACGGACCAGGACAUCUUGGAACAAGUGAGGAAGGUUGCAUUCGGUAAGGAACACAGCAACCAGUACUUUGUGAGUGGCUGGGCGACUACAGGAGCCGGUGGAGGAGCGAUGUGA